UGAACUUCAGAUGAUAACAUUGUAGUUCCGAAGUCUGUUCAUGUCAGUUAUACUUAUGCCUGUGCUGCUUUUACUUCAUUUGCACAAAAAUGAAACAAAGAUUGUCUGAACUUUUGUUAAAUAAAGUCUGGUCAACAACUGAACAGAUUAGUUAUUCUAUGAGUUGGAAAAAGUAAAAGUAAUAUGCAAAUUAGCGAUACAAAGUUAUAAAUGCUUUCUAAAAGUAUUAUUAUGAGGCAGAUUCAUUUCUCGCUGAAUGAGACUUACAUAUAUUGUGCCCAAGUAUUUGUAGGAUAAAUUGCUUUAAUUGCCUUAAACAUGAAGUGGACAAUUUUUCUCACGUAUUUGUUCUGGACAUGCACAAGUCUCAAUUUCUUCAUUUCUCCCAUUUCCACCCAGAGUACCGUUUCGGGGAACAAUUGCACUCAAAUCUUACGAGGCGUACGCAGGGCAGGGGCUAACAUGGCUGGACGACUCGAAAUUCCUUUAGAUGCAGAAUUUCCCAAGUUUCAAGUAAGAUUGAAAUUCAAUCGGGCUCUUCAUCAUAUAACGUUUCGCCAACUUCGAGCGAAAGAUGUUGGAUCGAGACGAGAAUUUCUUAUCGAGCCAUUUGAAGUUGAACAGAAUGGAGUAAUGAAAAUCAACACUUUUAUGAGGUUGAAUAAUUUAUUUAGUCCUUCACCAAAGUUAAUUGGAGUUACAUACAAUGGGAAACUUUUAUGUGGUGAAAAUGUGUUUGACGAUUCGGUGUUAAUCGAGUUGAAAACAUCAACAAAACGCUCAAUACCAAUUAUUGUCGAUCCAACCAAGCAGCCAAAAGAUCAUGACGAGGAAGACGAAGUGUUCAAUUAGAUUACUGUUUGCACGAGAUUACAAUGUUAUUUGUGUACCCGAAAUUUAUAUAUUAGUGUAAAAUGUUACUAAAUAUUAAAGAAAUUUUCCUUUGGUUUGUAUGUAAAGCAA